UUAUUAUCUGCGAUUGAUUUGUUGAUUGGCUGAGAGAUUCUUCGAUCUGAACCGUUCGAUCGACCGGAGACAACGAAGGAACGGACAGACGGACGGUCAAUCGCGAUGGAGAGCAUUGCCGCGCAGCUGAAGCGCGGCAUAUCGCGGCAAUUUUCGUCGGGUUCGCUUCGUCGGAACAUGAGCCGCCAGUUCACGAGACAGGCGUCGCUGGACCCUCGCCGGAACAAUCUCAGGUUCAGCUUCGGGAGGCAGUCGUCGCUCGACCCGAUCCGGCGAAGUCCGGUGACGCCGAGGGACGGGGAGGACGACCAAGAGCUCACGGUUCCGGACAACCUCGAUUCCACCAUGCAGCUUCUGUUCAUGGCGUGCAGAGGUGACGUUAAGGGCGUUGAGGACCUCCUCAACGAUGGCAUCGAUGUAAAUAGCAUCGAUCUCGAUGGACGCACUGCGCUUCACAUCGCCGCUUGUGAGGGCCACGUUGAGGUCUGCGCUCUCCUUCUCAGCCGCAAGGCUAACAUCGACGCUCGGGAUCGCUGGGGCAGCACGGCAGCGGCUGACGCCAAAUAUUAUGGAAAUACAGAAGUUUAUUAUAUGCUGAAGGCCCGUGGAGCAAAAGUGCCGAAAACCAGGAAAACUCCAAUGACUGUUACAAAUCCUCGUGAGGUUCCAGAAUAUGAACUCAAUCCCUUAGAACUCCAGGUUCGGAAGAGUGAUGGAAUUUCAAAGGGGGUAUAUCAAGUAGCUAAAUGGAAUGGCACAAAGGUUGCAGUGAAGAUACUAGAUAAGGACAGUUAUUCAGAUCCUGAUAGCAUAAAUGCCUUCAAGCACGAGCUCACGUUAUUAGAAAGGGUACGGCAUCCUAAUGUGGUCCAAUUUGUUGGAGCUGUCACUCAAAAUGUACCAAUGAUGAUUGUGAGAGAGUACCAUGCUAAGGGUGACCUUGCAAGCUAUAUUCAGAAGAAAGGCCGGCUUUCCCUAUCAAAAGUUCUACGGUUUUCUCUUGAUAUUGCUAGGGGAAUGAACUAUCUUCAUGAAUGCAAACCAGAACCAGUUCUCCACUGUGAUUUAAAGCCAAAAAAUAUUUUGCUGGAUAAUGGAGGUCAACUAAAGAUAGCUGGGUUUGGAAAUGUGAGAUUAUCGCAUAUCUCACCUGAUAAAGCAAAGCUGGCAGAGCCUGUCUCCAACAUUGACCUUUUAAGCGUGUACUUGGCUCCAGAGAUUUACAAAGAUGAAGUAUUUGACAGAAGCGUGGACGCAUAUUCUUUUGGUCUCAUCUUAUAUGAGAUGAUUGAGGGUGUACAGCCCUUCCAUCACCACUCUGCGGAUGAGGCCUUGAGAAUGAUGUGCCUAGAAGGGAAUAGACCACCAUUCAAGGUCAAAGCAAAACAUUAUCCUCCGGAUUUGAAAGAGUUGAUUGAGGAAUGUUGGGAUCGAGAACCUGUUGUCAGGCCAACAUUUUCCCAGGUCAUUGUACGGUUGGAUAAAAUUGUUUCAAAUGGUUCGAAACACGGAUGGUGGAAAGAUACUUUUAAACUUCCUUGGAAAUAAAUAACAGAGGAGGAAGUACCACAGAGCACAAGAGGAGAAAGACCGAGGUUCCAUCCUCAGAUACGAUUUGUGAGGCUCAUAUUGAUGUAUAGUUAAUAGCCAUUGCAAUUAAUAACUUGGGAACUCAAAUAAAUAUGAUUGGAUUUGAGCAUAAAAAUGAAACUCCUGCGACUUCACUUCCGUUCUCCGUCCGAUAGAGGGAGAGUUUGGAACAGCUCCUCUUUGUAAACUAAAAUGUUUCAUAAUUCAUACGGUGUAGAGAUCCUUUACUCUCAGAAAUUUUCUGAUGAUCCACUGUAUCUUUAUGUCCUAUACAUAUUUUAACUACUACUACUACUUGUUACUGUUUGCAGUUUGCACAAUAUAUGCUUAGAUAUGGACUCUACUACUUUACUCUCUCGAUAAGGAUCAGGUAUCUUUAAGCAAAUUAAUAAAGAUAACAUCCCAUA